AUGAGUUCAACAGUAAAUACGGAAGAAGAAUAUAUCAUCGCUAGUGUUCGUCUGGAGGAAGACAUGGAGGCAGUCCUGAAGGAUUCAAUAGCUUCUACUCCAGUGACGGCGGUAAUGAUCGCCACAGCCAUACUACGGGAUAAAGUGCUAAAACAAGUGAAGAAGUUUUUGGAAACAGAAUGGCCGGAAUCGCUAGGGGUAAUCAGUGAUCCUGAUGUAAAGACAUUCUUCAAUCGUAAAGACGGGCUGGGACUAGCUCAAGGCUGUAUUCUGUUCGGAGAGCGAGUAGUAGUUCCAAAGAUCUACCAAAAACGAAUCUUGCAGCGUUUACAUUACGGGCAUCCCGGCAUAGUCAGAAUGAAGAGCCUCGCUCGGAGUUUUGUCUAUUGGCCUUGUAUCGACCGGCACAUCGAAGAAGCAGUAAAGCAAUGCACGGACUGUGCCGCUGCAGCAAAAUCACCACCACAUGUUGCACCUGUGGCAUGGCCUGUUCCACCGGGACCUUGGCAACGCGUUCACAUCGAUUAUGCGGGGCCAAUUGAUGGUUUAUAUUUCUUUGUCAUCGUUGAUGCAUUUUCUCGAUGGCCGGAGAUAUAUUCAUCGUCUACGAUGACGGCGAAGGUAACGAUCCAAAAUCUACGAAACUCUUUUUCACGGCUUGGAUUGCCGAUGGUAAUAGUGUCGGACAAUGCAGCUCAAUUUGUCUGUGAUGAGUUUGAAUCAUUUUGCAAAAACAAUGGUAUCAAACAUAUAUUGACUGCUCCUUACCAUCCGCAAUCUAAUGGACAGGCGGAACGUUUUGUAUAUUCAAUGAAAAGAGCUAUGAAGAAAAUAAACAAGGGAGAACCCCUCCAGGAAACACUCGAGGUAUUUCUAGCAACUUAUCGUUCAACGCCAAGUGAAACCACUGGACAAAAAUCUCCAAGUGAACUCAUGUUUGGUCGACGAAUGAGGACUACACUUGACCUACUACCACAGUCUGUGCUACUACACUUGACCUACUACCACAGUCUGUGCUACUACGUCCUAUGCAAGCAUUAG